UAAUGUCGGAGGAGCCCUUGAGUCGUGGACAGUUCCUACGACAGUGGAGAACCCGCAACUGUAAUGGUUAACACUCGGGUGAAGAAAUCCAGAUGAAUGACAGCAUACUAAGAGCUUCAGAGGAACGAUUUGAAUGUCACAAUUUAAGAGAGGCCCUUGGAAAAAUGAUGAAGCGCUCCAAUAUUUUUGAAAUUAUGACACUCUAUGAUUUGCCCACAAAAGUCAAAUGUAAAAGGACAUGGUAUCACGAUACCAUAUAAUUUUGUUAGAAAAUUUAGCUUUUGAAAAUCAACACUAGAUUCAUAUUUUUGUUUAAAUAUUUAACACAUCUUUGUCGGACUUAAAUGUACUAAAUGUAAGGGUUUUAUUUUUUUUUUUAAAGAAAUUUUCUUAAUUUCUUAAAAGGCAAAAUUCCAAUCAAAUCUUUUUCUGGCAUUUUGAAAUCUCUGUUCCCAAAGGCUUCCCUUUAAGUGGGCUGGGGGAGCUACCAACUAUCUGAGGAAACUGGGGGCCUCUAUAGUGUCUUUAAUGCAUCUUUCUCAUGAGCAGGCAGGUACUCAUUGAAGGCAUCUUCCUGGCACAUGCUCUGUGAAUACUCCCUGCAUACGGCAUGCAGCCAAGGAUAAGGGAACCAAUGAACAUGCCACCAUGAGAGCUAUUAUUUCAUUGGUUUACGUGGAGAUAUUGCCAUUAAGAAAGGCACCCUCCCAUGAUGGGUCCCUGACCCAGUAUGAGCUGACAUUUGUUCUUGAAAUCCUUCAUGCGGCUCUGUCACAAACUUCCUCCUAAAAGCACCUGCACGGUCUAGAUUCAUUUAAGACCAACUCAAGCAUGUAAAGUCGUCUGAGGAAAUAAGCCCCACAUCCCAAAGGCCCGGCUAAGGAGGGCCACAUGUGAGAACGGGUGUGCCACUUCACGGAGCAGGAAUCUGGAAAUGUCAAGCGUUAGAACCACUCCAACUCAACCUGGCCCGCCCGCCGCCGUCACACUUCUGGGCUGUGUCAAUAAACGCCUCGCAAGGAUGGGAAUUGAGAAAUUCUCGGCAUGAAUUCAGAAUUAAUGGAGACAGAUCAGCACUUUCUCUUUUUUCUCUUUCCAUCUUUUAAAAAAGUUUUUUUUUAAGUGUCUGUGAUUCUAAGAAAGCAUUCAUUCAAAAGGUUUCCAUCCUUAUGUAACAGUUCACAGCGUGCAACGCCUCUUGUCUUAACAUCCCUGAAGUCUAAGCUCUUUCAUGUUGGAUUGCGUCCUCUCUUGCAAGAGUAGGACGCACCAGGCACCAGGCUGUUUCCCUUGUCAUUAUCAGAGUAAAUUCCAUUCCUUUGCAAAUGAGAAACGGAACACCACAAACUUGGCCCGCACAGACCCCUUCAACUCUACCCCUCCCAGAAGGGCACUCUGUGUUCUGCAACCUAUCAGCCAGCUCUGCCGCAAGAGCAAACAAUACUUUCGGUUACAAUAACUUGUAUCCAGGAAAAAAAAAAAAAAACAGGCGGUCUGUAACAUAGCAGCCCGAGGAAAGUUUACCAGCUUUAGCCAAUCAGAGGCUGGGGAACUCAGCCAAGUUAACAUGUUUCUCUCCGCCUCUAAAUGAACUCAUGAUUGAAAUAUGGCAUUGAACUUGUUUUAAAAAGGGAAGGGGGAAAAAAAGGCCAGUGCAGUAAAGAGCUCGGGCUUGUGGGGAACGUGGUUAGGAAGUGUGCUUGUCGCUGAACCGGAGUGGGUCCUGUAACCUUUGCCUCCCACUGGGCGGAGUAGGGCCUUUAAGAGCAGCUGGAAUGCAGUUCCCCUGAUCAGCGUAGCCAGUUAUUCCCUGUCUGAACCUCUGCUAGCCCUAGAGAACAGAGCUCGGUUCAGACCAACGGGCCUCCUGCGCUGUUCACCACAGCCCACUUCUUGCCUGAGCAAGAAACUUCCAGCAGCAGCGGGGAAGCAGGUUCCCAUCUGUCCAGCCAUGGGAGAGGACGCCGCACAAGCGGAGAAGUUUCAGCACCCACAUGCUGACAUGCUCCAGGAGAAGCCAUCCAGCCCCAGCCCGAUGCCUUCCUCCACACCGAGCCCCAGCCUGAACCUGGGGUCCACCGACGAGGCCAUCCGGGACAACUCGCAGGUGAAUGCGGUCACCGUACACACACUCCUGGAUAAGCUAGUCAACAUGCUGGACACCGUGCGAGAGAACCAGCACAACAUGGAACAGCGACAGAUCCACCUGGAGGGCUCGGUGAAGGGCAUCCAGAACGACCUCACCAAGCUCUCCAAGUACCAGGCCUCCACCAGCAACACGGUGAACAAGCUGCUGGAGAAAUCCCGCAAGGUCAGCGCUCACACGCGCGCCGUCCGGGAGCGCCUGGAGAAGCAGUGUGUACAGGUGAAGAGGCUGGAGAACAACCACGCCCAGCUCCUCCGACGCAACCACUUCAAAGUGCUCAUCUUCCAGGAGGAAAGUGAGAUCCCUGCCAGCGUGUUUGUGAAGGAGCCGGUUCCUGGCCCAGCGGAAGGCAAGGAGGAGCUCGCGGACGAGAACAAGUCCCUGGAGGACACGCUGCACAACGUGGACCUCUCCUCUGAGGACGAGAUGCCCUGCGACGAGGAAGCCCUGGAAGACAGCGCGGAGGAGAAGGCCGAGGAAAGCAGGGCGGAGAAAAUAAAGAGGUCCAGCCUGAGGAAAGUGGAUAGCCUCAAGAAAGCCUUCUCUCGCCAGAACAUCGAGAAAAAGAUGAACAAGCUGGGGACGAAGAUCGUAUCCGUGGAGAGGAGAGAGAAGAUCAAGAAAUCGCUGACACCCAACCACCAGAAGGCGUCUUCAGGGAAAAGCUCCCCCUUCAAGGUUUCUCCGCUCUCCUUCGGCAGGAAGAAAGUCCGGGAGGGAGAAAGCUCUGCAGAAAACGAGAUCAAGUCGGAAGACCAUGAGGAGGGCUCCCUCACCGAGGGCCUUUCCGAAGCAUCCCUCCCCGGCGGCCUGGCGGAGGGCAGUGCAGAAGAUGCUGAGAAGCCAGCCUUGAAAGGGAGCAGCUCCGGGGGCGGCCUGGGCAGCAAAGCCGACCUGACCAUCGCGGAAGAUGAAGAAGAGGAGUCGGUGAGCCUGCAGCAGGCGCAGCAGGUGCGCUAUGAGAGCGGCUACGGGGUCGUCUCCGAGGAGAUGGAAGGAUCCGGGGAGAAACCGGUCCAGCCAGCGGUGCUGCACGUGGACCAGACUGCCUGAGUGCCAGCCAGAGCCCUGGUCCAGUUGCAGAACCCAGCGCUGGCUCAGGGGCAUGGGUCGGCAUCCCCGAAACCACCUCUGCACCUGUCCAUCUCUGCCUGCUCCGCACGCUGUGACUGUCCAGGCCGUCAUGAUCGGUCGUACUGGACCCUCAGAUAUACAUGGGAUCAAGGAAGCAAACCGCCAGGGAUUCCACUUUUAAUUGGCUCUUAGGUUCUGUUUCUGCAGAAUUUGUCCAAGAUUGGAAGGAGAAAGAAACGGAGCAGUUAAAAAAAAAAAAUCACCAAUCUAUUUGGCUUAGUCAGAAAAACCAAAGGAUAUUUAAGAUAUUCAGUAGUCAUGAAAUGUGAUUUGUGUUUGGUCCUUCUAUCAUCUUACUGAAUAGUGUCGCAGUUGUGUAGAGAAUUCUUACCGUAUUCUAUGAAUGGUUACUCUUCAAAUAUGUGAUAUAGAAUACACACUAGUCUGUAAGCUGAGGAUAUAACUCCGUAUUUAAAAAUAUAUAUAUUUACAAAAGAUAGAGCAAAAUGCUCAGCUGGUUAUUCUCUUAUAGAACCCAUUGUUUAUUACAAGUUGGGGGGAGAUUGAAAGGCUGUGUAUGAUGGUCAGGUAAGGGCAGUGGGGGCGAUUAAGCUAGAAAACUAGAGUGAAGCGAUUGGAAAAUGAGAGAAAUAGAAAACAAAGAAUGCCGAAAAGAAUGAUGAGAAAGAGAAAACCAAAAAAAAAAAGUCGUGCUUAGAAAGCAAAGUAUUGACAUUUUAAAUCUGUUUUGCUCUUUAAAUAACAGUACUAAAGAAGCUCAUAUAUCUUGCAAAAAUAUGUCUUAUCUUCCCAAUAGUUUCAUAGUCUAGUAUGAAAUAAUAUAACCAGAUAUUCUGGUAUAAAAGUUGUGGUUCUUCUUGCUAAGUAAAUGGCAGUACACACCCUUCUGUGAAGAAGUUAAAAAAGAUAUUGUCUCUUUAACACUGGAAUAACGUAAGGCUAUAAUAAGUAACAUGUACUGUUUUAUGGGAAGACCGGUCACACAAUUCUUUAAUAUCUUUCCAUUUCAAAGUGACCUUUCCACUCCAAAUAUGAUAUAGGUUUAUAAGGUAUUCAAACCUGCAUGUUUAGGAAGAGAAAAUUCCAGUUUUCCUUUUUUUAUACACAAUGGUAAUGUCAUUCCAGGUAAUAUUUUAUUUAUACAUUAAUUUCACAGGAUAUUGAUGUGUUUUAGCUUCUAAAAGCACACUAGUAUUUUAUGUCAUGUGUAUGUUCAUUCUGUCUAACACACUAAAAGUUUGCUUUAUCUGUUUUUCAUUACAAAAUGCCAAUGUUUUGCUAAGUUACAGUGUAAAGCUAGGAGACCCGGGGCUUGAAUCCUCUCCUCUGAAUGUGCAGAACCACAAGUGAUCUGACGAGCAGAGGUAAUUCCAAGCAGCAGCCACAGCUGUUCUCUGAUGUCAAGAGAAGGGAUGGGGUAAAUACAGUGUUGAUGGUGUCACCUAUCCAGCUGCUACAAUAAUGUAACCCCCAAUACUGAAUUGUUGGACUAACAAUGCCUGUGUGAAAUAAGAUUAAAUAAACCAAAAAUAAAAAGUA